ACUACAGCUCCCAUUGUAUCCCGCGCGGGUUGGAACUACACAUCCCAUAAUGCCCCGCGGUGGCCGGGCUGAGUCCGGCUGUGGCUGGCGGCGGCUCUCCGAGAGGCUGGUUCCUAUUUAAACUCAGGCAAGGAGGAAAAUGGCGGCGAGGAGCUGAGUCUGGGGGACUUGGGGGAAAGGAGACGCUAGCGAGUUCUGGCUCCCUUCCCUGCACUCAUGAAAAGUAUUUUGAGAAGACCAGUUUAGAAAGCUACCACUACACUAUUUCUGAACACCAAAAAAGCAGGAGGUGAUUUACAAUGAUUACUGGUCCUGAUGGUCCACUGAAAAGUCUUCUCUGCUUGAAUGUGUGUUAAGGACAAGUAAGUGACUGCUUUCAAAUCCUGGCUAAAUACAGCUGAAAAAUUAUUCCUUCUUCCUCAUUUAAAGCUAUGAAAUUCAAGUGUAACUACAAAGACCAUAAAAGUUGUAUUCCUAAAAUUUGACUGCUUUGACACUUGACUGCUGCCAGAAAGUAUAUUCCAAGUGCAAUUUCCUAUAUAAUCAUAUCCAAAUAAAUAGAACAUCAUCUGUAUCCAUUGUUAUCCAAAACUAUGCAAAUUGUUUUCUGUUAUAUGAAUAAUGUUUUGAGUCAGUGUCAUUGGAAAACUAUGGUGCUAUUAUUUACCCAUACUUGUUUUCAAAGGAAGUGGGGAGCAAGGAAUGGAAUUUCUUAAUGGACUUCCCAAUGAUUCUCACUAAAUUAGAUUAUUAAAUCAAAGUUGAAAGACAUGACUUAUGAGAUUGUGGGUUGUUUUUAAACAAACUGAAAUCUUACAAUUUAGAUCUUAAUGGGCUAGUCUGAGUUGUAUCGUUUUUUUGAGAGGUGAAUUGUUUUAAUAUUUGUAUUGAAAUAAAAAUUUAAAAAUAAACUGGUGGUGCUAGAGAUUGGAUGAAAAGUAUCCAUUUGAUUCUUCGUAAUUGGCCAUAACUGGAACAGUGACAGCCUUGCUGUGCCUUCUUCACUCUGAAUUUUUUAAAUGUUAGAACAGUCUACUUACUAUAACACUAUAUGCUACAAAUCCAUAUGUCUAGUAAAGUGUUUAUAGAUGGAUAAGAAUUUUAAAAUUAAUAUUAAAGUAGCAAUUUUGUGUGCAUAAGUAACCACUUUCCUGCACAAGUUAAACCUUUAUAACAAAGCCAUUUGCAAUUUUUUGGUUUGAAAAUAGGUUCCUCAGUAGUUAUUAUCAGUUGCAUGACUACAGAAUAAAUAAAUAAAGCUGAAACUACCAAGCUCAACAUUUUUUAUACUCCUGUUAGUUGAAAACUACCAUGUUGUUUUAACCUUUUAAUUUCUGUGCAUAUCAUAUUGCUUUUUUGGGGUGGGGGGGGGGGCGCGUGUUCUGUUAAUUCUAUUGUAAAUGUACUAUGCACGAAGUUAGGGAAAGUUAUCUUGUAUGUUUUAGUAAUAUAUUUAAUGAAACGUUUCUUAAAUCUAACAAAUCAUAAGCCAAAAGAAUGUUCAAGUGUGGUGGUUCUUUGAAAAAUGCCCCACUUAAGGCAAUGGGGUUGCACAGAUGCAACUGAGGGAAGAAUUUUCCCUGUAGAAUCCUACUGGUUAGAACUACUGAAGCACAUGCCAGAAAGAAGCUAUCACGUUUUAGCUCACAGGCUGAGUUUACAGGACUUGGCUGGCAGUUGCAAAGUUUAUUUUACUAGUAAACUGAGGACGUUUUGAUUUGUAUUCAGAGACACACAUUUGGAACUCAUAAUGCCAUUUUUUCAGAGGCACUUUUCAAAGUAAUGCCUCACUUCAUUUAAAAAAAAAAGAAAUUUUAUUGAAGUACCUGUAGUAAUUGCAUCAUCAUAUUUGAUGGAUAAACAUCAUUAUUGCUGUGUUUUUAAUUUGUGAUUUUUGCAUUAAUAACUCACUGGAUAAUUGGUUCUGUUGCUACGGUCUCUUGUAGCUUGAAGAAUAGUGCAGGGUAGCUAUUAAGAGUUUGCAUGGUAGGUUCCUAUACAGCAGAAAGCAGCCUCUGUGGGCUUGCUUGGUUAAGAAGCUGCAAAGCCUUCUUAGGUGUUACAUGUUUUUCCAAGCCUCCUGAAGGGUAAUGGUAAUAUUGGUAGGGAAAGGAAAAGUCGUACAUAGGCGAUGUUUCAGGCUCAUGUCUGGAGAAAUUGCCAGAAGCUUUAUGGUAAGUGAUAGAUAUGCUAUGAUAGGGAGGUGGGGAGCUCUGCUUAAACAAAUUCUCUGCUGUUCUUUCUUCCUCCCCCCAAUAAAACCCAAGCAUUGUAGCUUAAAAAAAAAUCCUUCUUUUUUAAAACUACCUGAAUAGACAUAGUGUUACAUACUCUAAUUCUUUCCUCUUUAGGUUUUUCAAAUAACAUAUAAAGUCUGUAUAUUUUUCUAUUUAAUUAAAUGAUUAGUUUUCAUUUAUAGCAACAUGGGUAUAUGCUACUUUUAAGUAAUACUGAAAUCAGUUGAUGUUUCUAUUAUAAAUUCUAAAUUGCUAAAUUCAAUCCUGUUACCGUAUCAACUUCUAAACUGCAUCACACUGAAAUUUAAAAUUUUGUAUCCAGGCUAUGUUCAGUAAUUUAAAACAUUUUAAACAGUUUUGGUAGCUUGUUUAAAUUAAGAAAUAUGUACUGUGCUUCUGACAUGUUUGUUGUGCCCACACCCUUCCUGAGCUAUCCUCAACCCUUUAUCUUAUUUUAAGCGCUUCCUCUCUCUUUCCAUAGCAGCUUCUAGCACUGCAGCAGUAUGCUUCUGCCUUGGAAUGCAGUUGCUGGGAGAACAGCACCAAACCUAGUGUGUAUAUGUGCCACCUGCUCAACGACACUCGAUUCUUUCAUAGUUAUGUGGAUUAUGGACCUAGGACCUUAUGAGUGAGAGUGUUGAGUGUGACCUUCAGAUAACUUUAAUUCUAGAUUUUUGCAUGAUUAUACUGUUUAUAUAAAUCACUUUUUAAAAAUUGAAGCUUCUUGUUUGUUCAGAUGAGCCGAACUAACUUCCUAACAUGUUUUUUUUUAAUCUACAGUUUAGCUGAAGUAAAUACUACUCAUGCAGGUACUUGAUGAUAUUCUGCCAUCUAGUGGCAAUUGGACAACUCAUAAUUUUGUUUUUCUUGGGCUCAUAUGAGUUGUCACUGUUUUAAAUGUAUUAUAUGUUAUAAAUGUACCAUAAACAAAUAUCUGGUUGAAAAAGAAUGAAGUUUCUCAUGUUUGCUUUUCCACAGUCGUCAAACAUUGGGAUUUCCCUCCACUAAAAUAGUAAGUUUACAGCAAUCUAGAGCCUACUCCUAGUUGGAGCCAGGUAGUUUUCUGUUCUGAGCAGCAAUCUGAGAUCUGCCUUGCUGUGUGAAGAAUGACCUUUUGAACUCUCCAUCCACAAUCAACAUCCUAACAUAACAAUAGCAACUGCUCCACACAAUAAUUUUGUUGUGUAUCCCUAUCCUCUCAAUUUACCUAGCAAGAGCAAGAACAGACAGUGUUGUGGUUUCCCAGAAGCAAAAAGCAAAAGACAAGUCAGUCAAGUUGCUGAUGUAAACUCAGUUGGCUGUUGCUCAAUCAAGAUGAGUGGAUUGGGAGAAAACUCCUUGGACAGUUUGACCAGUGAGUCAAGGAAACGCAAGCCAUUGCCCUGUGAUGCCCCAGGACCAGGUCUGAUCUGCAGUGGUGAGAAACGCCGACGUGAGCAGGAAAGCAAAUAUAUUGAGGAGCUAGCUGAGCUGAUAUCUGCUAAUCUGAGUGACAUUGACAAUUUCAAUGUCAAACCAGAUAAAUGUGCAAUUUUAAAGGAAACUGUAAGACAGAUCCGGCAGAUAAAGGAACAAGGAAAAACAGCAUCCUGUGAUGAUGAUGUACAGAAGGCUGAUGUAUCUUCUACAGGUCAAGGUGUUAUUGAUAAGGAUUCAUUGGGACCUCUUUUACUACAGGCAUUGGAUGGUUUCCUGUUUGUAGUAAAUCGAGAUGGGAACAUUGUAUUUGUAUCAGAAAAUGUCGCACAAUAUCUGCAGUAUAAACAAGAGGAUUUGGUUAAUACAAGUGUCUACAGCAUCUUGCAUGAAGAGGACCAGAAGGACUUCCUUAAAAACUUACCUAAAUCUGCAGUUAAUGGAGUUGCUUGGACCAAUGAAACACCUAGACAGAAGAGUCAUACGUUUAAUUGCCGCAUGAUGGUAAAAACAUCUCAUGAUCUUUUGGAUGAUGUGGGCAGCAACCAGGAAUCGCGUCAGAGAUAUGAAACCAUGCAGUGUUUUGCUUUAUCUCAGCCAAGAGCUAUGAUGGAAGAAGGGGAAGAUUUGCAGUCCUGUAUGAUUUGUGUGGCACGUCGCAUCACUACAGUGGAAAGGGUAUUUCCAACAAACCCAGAAAGCUUUAUUACGAGACAUGACCUUUCAGGUAAACUCGUCAACAUAGAUACAAACUCAUUACGGUCUUCCAUGAGACCUGGCUUUGAAGAUACAAUCCGUCGGUGUAUUCAGAGGUUUUUGUGCCAUAAUGAUGGACAGUCCUGGUCAAACAAACGCCACUAUCAAGAAGCUUAUAUACAAGGCCAUGCUGAAACUCCACUGUAUCGGUUCUCCUUAGCAGAUGGUACUAUAGUGACGGCACAAACAAAGAGUAAAUUGUUACGAAAUCCAGGAACUAAUGACCGUCAUGGAUUUGUCUCCACCCACUUCCUUCAAAGAGAACAGAAUGGAUAUCGUCCAAAUCCCAAUCCAGUGGGACAAAACAUCAGAGCAUCUACAGCUGGAAGCACAAAUUCUGUUGGUGCUAUUAUGAACAUGUCACCAGGUCAAAGCAUGCCAAUGCAGAACAGAAACUAUGGCAUGGGAGAUCCCAGUGCGAUGGGACAGAUGAGCGGCAUUAGAUACAUAGGUCCUGGUAAUAUUGGACCCAUCAACUCUGGACCAGGAAUGCAGUCCUCUCCUUAUCAGAACAACAAUUAUGGGUUAACUAUGAGUAGUCCACCACAUGGUAGUCCCAGCUUGACUUCCAACCAACAGAACUUAAUGAUUUCUCCUAGGAAUCGUGGGAGUCCAAAAAUGGGUUCACACCAGUUUUCUCCAGUUGCAGGUAUGCACUCGCCAAUGGGAUCUGCUAGCAACACUGGCAACAACAGCUUCUCUAGCAGUUCCCUUAGUGCCCUUCAAGCCAUUAGCGAGGGGGUUGGAACUUCCCUUCUAUCAACACUUUCCUCACCAGGUCCAAAAUUGGAUAAUUCCCCAAAUAUGAAUAUAGCUCAGCAAAGUAAAAUGGGCAACCAGGACUCAAAGAGUCCUUCUGGCUUGUAUUGUGAACAAAGUCAAGUGGAGAGUUCUAUGUGCCAGUCAAACAGGGACCUCCUUAGUGACAAAGACAGUAAAGAAGGAAAUCUGGAAGGGUCUGAGAGUCAGAGGGGACCAAAUGAAAGCAAAGGUCAUAAAAAGCUCCUUCAGUUACUCACAUGCUCCUCAGAUGAGAGAGGGCAUUCUACGUUGUCAAACUCACCAUUGGACUCUGGUUGUAAAGAAUCUUCUACCAAUGUUACAAGUCCCUCAGGAGUCUCCUCUUCUACAUCUGGAGGGGUCUCUUCCUCAUCAAACAUGCAUGGGUCCCUGCUACAAGAAAAGCACAGGAUUUUGCAUAAAUUGUUACAGAAUGGUAAUUCUCCAGCAGAAGUAGCAAAGAUCACAGCUGAAGCUACUGGUAAAGAUACCUACCAUGACUCCAGCAAUACAGCCCCCUGUGUAGAAGGAACUAUCAAACAGGAACAACUGAGUCCUAAGAAGAAGGAAAACAAUGCUCUACUCAGAUACCUACUAGACAAGGAUGAUAUAAAGGAUCCACUUUCAAAAGAAAUGAAACCUAAGGUAGAAGUUCUGGAUAAUAAAAUGGGACACUGCAGUAGCUCCACUAUUCCUACUUCAAGCCAAGAAAAAGAGAUUAAAAUAAAAACAGAACCUUCUGAAGAGAUGAGUGGAGACUUGGAUAAUUUGGAUGCAAUACUGGGUGAUCUGACUAGUUCUGAUUUUUACAAUAAUGCUAUGUCUACAAAUGGGAGUAGUCUUGGAACUAAGCAAACAUUAUUUCAAGGAAAUGCCCCAUUGGGUCUGAGAAGUCCCCAAUCUGUGCAGACUACCCGUCCUCCUUUCAACAGAGCCAUGUCUUUAGACAGCCCAAUACCUGUGGGUUCAAGCCCUCCAGUGAGGAGUGUCAAUGCAUUCUCCAUGUUACAAAAGCAAAACAUCAUGGGUGGGAGUCCAAGAAUGAUCGAGAACCAGGAAAAUUUUGGAUCAAACAUGGGUGGACCCAACAGAAAUAUGGCUAUGAAUCAGCAUCCAGCAGGAGACUGGGUUUUGCCAAGCUCUAAGGUUAACAGACUGGAACCUACAAAUUCUGGUUCAAUGGUGAGACCAGGACCAGACUAUAACCCAUCCCUUCCCAGACCUACAGUGGGUGGCUCCAUGCCUGGUUUGCCCAUCCGGUCUAAUAGCAUACCUGGUACAAGACCAGUGCUACAACAGCAAAUGAUUCAUAUGAGGCCUACUGAGAUUAAUAUGGGUAUGGGAGGUAAUCCUUAUGGGCAAACAGGACCAUCUAACCAGCCAGGAUCAUGGCCUGAUAGCAUGCUGUCCAUGGAGCAAGGACCUCGAGGGUCACAAAACAGACAAUUAGUUAGAAGUUCUUUGGAUGAUUUCUUAUGUCCACCUCCUAACAUGGAAGGCCAGAGUGAUGAAAGGGCCCUUUUAGAUCAGCUGCACACCUUGCUGAGUAACACAGAUGUCACAGGACUGGAGGAAAUUGACAGAGCAUUAGGAAUUCCUGAUCUUGUAAAUCAAGGGCAAACUUUGGAACCGAAGCAAGAUUCAUUUCAAGGUCAGGAAUCUGCAGUUAUGAUUGACCAGAAGCCUCCAUUAUAUAGUCAGCCCUAUCAGGGGCAAGGGGCAGCAAUGCCAGGAGGUUUUACUAACAUGCAGGGACAACAGCAAUCCUUUAAUUCAAUGAUGAAUCAGAUGAGCCAACAGAGUAAUUUUCCACUGCAAAGUAUGCAUCCUAGAGCAAGUCUAAUGAGACCCCGAACCAAUACACCAAAGCAGCUCAGAAUGCAACUUCAGCAGAGGCUUCAGGGGCAGCAGUUUUUGAAUCAGACCCGUCAAGCACUUGAGAUGAAAAUGGAAAACCCAGGUACUGGUGGUGCCCCAGUCAUGAGGCCAGUCAUGCAGCCGCAAGUGGGGUCACAGCAGCAAGGUUUUCUUAAUGCUCAGAUGGUGGCUCAGCGCAACAGGGAGCUAAUAAGUCAUCAUAUCAGACAGCAGAGGAUGGCAAUGAUGAUACAGCAGCAACAGCAACAACCUCAGACCUUCAGUCCACCACCAAAUGUGACUGCCUCAGGAAGCAUGGACAGUUCUCUGGCAGGUCCCCCAAUGGCUCAAGUUCCUUCGCAGCAAUUCCCAUAUCCGCCUAAUUAUGGAAUAAGCCAACAACCUGAUCCCACAUUCAGUAGAGUAGCAAGCCCUCCCAACCCAAUGAUGUCAUCAAGAAUUAGAGCCUCUCAAAAUCCCAUGAUGCAGCACUCUCAAACAGCAGCAAUGUACCAGUCCCCUGAGAUGAAAGGCUGGUCAUCAGGAAACAUGGCCAGGAGCAGUUCUUUUCCACAGCAGCAGUUCAGCCAUCAAGGGAGCCCUACAACUUAUAAUCUGAUGCAUAUGAAUGGCAGCAGUGGUCAUAUUGGACAAAUGAACAUUAACACCAUGCCUAUGUCAGGGAUGCCUAUGGGUCCAGACCAGAAAUACUGCUGACACCUAAAACCGUGAUCUCCCAAAGUAGAAUGAUCUAUAUUAAUGAUGAUGCACUAGUAUUACAAAGAAAAGCUACAUAUUCUUCGUGGCAACUAGUACUGGCCUUAUGGAAAUAACUGAUUUUUCCAGCUGAUCACCAAGAUGUCCCAAGUGACUUCAUACAAAAAAGACUUUUUUUUAGUAGAAGCAGUCUCUCUGUAUUACUGUAUAUUGUGGUGUACAAAACAAUGGUCAUAAAUAUUUUUGGCACUCUGCCUCUAGAAAUGUGAAUUUGGGAAUGGCAUUUUAGUAAAUAUGAUGGGUAGACUCUAUGUAUACCACUUCUAUUUACUGUAGCUAUCCAAAGCCCUUUAACUACAGGCAGGCAAAAGUGCCCGGAGAAGUCAUGGUAGAUAAGAAUUCUGAUUUCUCUAGUAAGAAUAUCUGACAGAGAAUGUAGUUCCUAGCCUUGACUCUUUUAUAUGAAUUCCUGAAUACAAAUGCUGCUUUUAACCUCUUAUCCCCAGGAGUCAGGAUUUCCAAGCAUAGUGGCAAUGCAGAAUGAAUUGACAUGUAAUGUUCCAAAAUCCUGCCCAUUGAUGCCAAGGGGGGUUACAGAGAAAAUAAAUUAAAAUUAUUUAAACAUAAUCGUGACUAAUAUUUAAAUUUUGAUGUGCAGCUGAGUGCACUUUAUAAAAGGCUAUAUAACGGAUUAAUGCAAUAUCUUUGAUAAGGAUUAAAUAAACCGAAAGGUAGGGUGCACUCAUGUUCUUUUUCAAAUCCAAUCUUUUAAGAAUUGUUGAUUGAAAAGACUGUGUACUGUAAUGUUUUAUGUUAUUGGAAAUUAGAGCAAUAAUCCUUCAUGUUUUUUGGGGGGGGAAAAACCUUCAGAAAAAUCAAGGCAAGGCACUGCAGUCUGAAUCAGAAUUUUGCAGGGUUUUUUUUUUUGUGAAUAAAUUUUGUAAAUAUGAUCUUUAAGAAUUGUAUUAUAUAUAUGACUUUUGUAGGUCACUAACUCAUUUUUGCAGAGUUUGUGAAGCUAAAUAUUUAACAAAGUUGAUUUCUGUAAACUCAUCUUAGUUGAGGUCCAGAUAGAAGACCUUUCAAUUUUUUUUUUUUUUUAAUUUAAUGACCUUGGCCCAUAUCUUUUUCUUCUUUGGUCUUUGCCACUUAUUUUAUAUCUUUAACAUAAUAGCUUUUUUAAAAUAUAAUUUGUUUAGGGUUAAGCAAUUGGUUAAUGCUUUCUCCACAUUAAGUGAGCACUUUGUUACAUUUCAUUUUUUAUAUAGGGCAAUUUGACAAAAAAGGCUCCCUGGAUUGUAAGCUGUCAUGACUUGUCAUAACAGUUCAUGUGGUUUUAUAUAGCCUUUUUAGUUAAUGAGUCCGUAUUGUCGGGACUUUUGGUUAUCUUUAAUGAACCCUAAAUGUUUUUCUAGAAAAGAUGCCUAUUGCUAAGUAUUUCCUGUUAAUUACUUCUCCACCAUCACAUCUUACAGCAAGCAACUCAUUUGUUGUCACAUGACAUCCAGAAAUCUUUAUGGAUAUUAAGCCACAGUUUAACCAAAUGUCUGCACCUCUUUGGAUUGUUCUAUUGUAAUGAAUGUAUUUUCCAAACAAGUGUGUCUACUAUCAGUAUUCAUGUUAGGUUACAAGUCUAUUCAUCUUUAUCUGUUGACAAGUUGUUUUUUUUGUCCAUAAAACGAAGAUGCUAUUACAGAUUAUCCACUUUCAGACAGAUGGCGAUUGAAACCUGGAAACUUCCAUAAGGGUGUGAACCAGAAAUGUUUUAAGGAAUGUGGUGCUUUUGUUCUAUUGUUCAUUGUGUAAUGGAAAACAGACUUCUCCUGAGUGAGUGAAAAUCAGUGAUUCUGAUCAUUUCUUUUUGGUACUGUAACUAGGAAGUCAUAUUUUGUUUUGCAGUAACUUGAAGGAACUUCCAUGUUCUUCCAUUUUAAUGAAAAUAAUUUUCUGUGCAAAAAUUCACACAACUUUCAUCCUAUAUCUACAGCCACAGUCCUACUCCACAAGGCAGGCAGGCGCAAUAAAAAUCUGCUUUUUAUGCAGGCUAGUCUGUACAAUCAGCAUUGAGAACAUAGAUUUGGCUGUAGUAAUUUAGUUGUUUCCACUCCUCAGUCUGGUUCAUCUGUGUUGUAAUGCAUGACAUUUAAAAGCAUAAGGAACUGUUUUCCCCUUUCUUGCUUUUUAGAAUCCACCUGCUGGUUGAGUCAGUGCAACGUAAUGGAGUUGAAAGGCAACAAUCCCUUGCUUUUUAUAUUAAAUCAGAAUAGAAUGAUUUUAUAUCUUGUAGUUGUUCAUUAUAUUGAUGGAAGCUGCAACCCUUGAUUGCUUUGACUAGUGAAAUCUUCAGGAUAUGUACUACUUUAUGCUUUUUGCCCUUAACUUUUUUUUUUUUUUUUGAGACUGAUUCUAUUUAUACUUCUAAAAUGUGGUACCUGAUGGAUGUUACAAAAGAUCCUUCUUCCCUCAUCUGCUUUUAGAAUGUUGUUUUUUUCCAGUAAUUACUUUUUGCUGAAUCCAAAGAUUUGUUUUACUUCAAAUAUGAUAAAAAGAUAAGCCUUUUUAAACCUUUUAAAAUUAGUGUUAUUGAAACCUUUCAAGGCAACAAUCUAAAUAUUUCACCUAGGUUGAAAAGUGUAUUUACUAAACUAAACAGUCCUUUGAUUUUGGUGGUAUUUGAUAUCUCCAAUAAUUGUGUUUUGGUUCUACAGCAGCAAAGUUUUCUGAAUGAUUCAAGAAGCUGUGUAACUUUUUGACAGUACGAUUACAGUUUACUAGUGUAACCAGUUGAAUCACUACUGCAUAGCAGACAUAGUCUCACUACAUGCCUGCCAGGUUUCCUGUUGAUUAUAGAAACCAUGUGUUAUAAAAUCCAUUAGCAAUUUUUUAUUCAAUCUCAUCCUAAAUUUGUGCUUUUAAUGUGAGGAAUUCAAGAGCAUUUUUUAAAGCUAUAAACAAAACUAUUUGAAUGUUGCACCAAUUAGCACACAUUUUAUUUUAGAUUUUAAGUGCAGACGGAUGAUAGAAUGAUACAGCAAGUAUGAAACCAUAUAAUUCUGAGAGCAAUAUUUAAAAACAAUUCUCAGGAGAAGGCAUACAGUAUUGAGAAUUGCAUUUAAAUUUAGUUUACAUUAAAGUACUGCUUGAAAUGUGUGUAUCUUUACAUUGCAAAAACAAAAAAACAUGUGGGCUGAUUUAUAAAAGGGUUGGUUAUAAAGUAUUACUGCUCUUCUGAUUUUUGUGUUUUGAUGUUAAUAAUAAUGUAAAUAAAGGUUUCUAUUUAAAACCA